CGCGGAAACACACAAACACACCCAUCAAGCGUAAUCAGUGUAGCUACACUUCCUGCUUCACUCCGAGCUCAGCCUCCCGCUGUCGAACAACGUUCCUGAGAUGAGUUACCCCGGAUACCCUGGACCAGGAGGUUACCCCCCUCAGGGUGGAGGUUACCCCCCUCAGCAGGGCAUGUACCCUCCCCAAGCCGGAGGAUACCCCCCGCAGGCUGGAGGUUACCCCGCCCAGCCCGGUUACCCUCCAGCAGCAGGGGGUUACCCACCCCAGCCCGGUGGAUAUCCAACCCAGCCGGGGGGAUACCCAGGCUACCCUCAGCAGGGUGGUGGGUAUCCACAGGCUCAGCCUGGAGGCUAUCCGUCCAUGCCCCCUGGAGGUGGGUGGGGAGCUCAGCCUGGCUAUGGAGUGCCAGGAGGGAUGCCUCAGGGUUACCCUGGAGGUCCUGCGCCAGGGCAGCAGCCAAUGCCAGCUUAUCCAGGAGGCGCUCCUGCCCCCAACCCGUCCAUGCCCACCAUGCCUGGAUACGGAGGCGGCGCUCCGGCUGGACCCGGUGUACCAUCAGGACCCGGUGUACCAUCAGGACCUGCAGGACCUGCAAUACCUGCUGUUAAUCGCGGUUACCGCGGCACCAUAAAGGACUGCCCUGGCGCUGAUCCUCUCCGAGAUGUGGAAGUUCUCCGCAAAGCCAUGAAGGGCUUCGGAACUGAUGAGAACGCCAUCAUCGAGCUGUUGGGGAACCGUUCCAGUAGGCAGCGGGUGCCAAUGGUCAAGGCUUUUAAGACCACCUACGGCAAGGAUCUGAUCCACGACCUGAAGUCAGAGCUGACGGGGAAUUUUGAGCAGCUGGUUCUGGCCAUGAUGAAGAGUCCGGCGGAGUACGAUGCCAGCGAGCUUCGUCACGCUAUAGCGGGUGCUGGAACUGAUGAGGCGUGUCUGAUUGAGAUUCUGUCGUCUCGGAACAACGCCGAGAUCCAAGAGAUCAACCGGCUGUACAAAGCAGAAUACGGGAAAACACUGGAGGACGCCAUCCAGCACGACACUUCAGGCCAUUUCCGCAGACUGCUGGUUUCUCUGUGCCAGGGUAACCGCGAUGAGAGAGAGACUGUGGACAUUGCUAUGGCCAAGCAGGAUGCCCAGAAACUUUACGCUGCAGGAGAGAAUAAAGUAGGAACAGACGAGUCUCAGUUUAACGCCAUCCUGUGUGCUCGCAGCAAACCGCACCUCCGACAAGUUUUCCAUGAGUACCAGCAGAUGUGCGGUAAGGAGAUCGAGAAGAGCAUCUGCAGGGAGAUGUCUGGAGAUCUGGAGACCGGCAUGCUGGCUGUGGUGAAGUGUAUUAAGAACACACCCGGCUACUUCGCUGAGAGACUCCACAAGGCCAUGAAGGGUGCGGGCACUAAGGACCGCACACUGAUCCGUAUCAUGGUGACCCGCUCUGAGGUCGACAUGCUGGACAUCAGGCAGGAGUACCUGCGCAACUACGGAAAAUCUCUCUACACAGAUAUAUCUAGCGACACAUCUGGAGACUACAAGAAGCUGCUGCUGAAGCUGUGUGGAGGAAGUGACUAAGAGAGAAAGUGAAAAUGUACAAGACCAUCAGACGCCCGCCAAUCAUAAUCAUCCUCCUACCCACAUAUCCAGGGGCCCCACCAGCUUUAGCUGCACUGGUGCCAAAUUAGCCCAGAAAUUACACUAUAGUGGUCCAUUUUUUAUUAGCAUAACAAUGAAUAUAUAUAUAUAUAUAUACAUUUUGCAUACAUACUGAUUUUUAUAUACAGAGUGGUGCAUGACAGCAUGUUGGAUUGUGAAGAGUUUGAAGCAUUUUAUAUUAUAUAUUUCUGGAUUAUAUCAGCUCGUAACCAAAAACGGACCAUGUUACACAUAAAAUACAAUCAGCCUCUCAUUGCCUUAUCACACUUGUGACAUUCAUAGCGCCUUGUAGACAACAUCUCUAUGAAAAUAUGUGUCAUUUUACAUUUGUGUUUAUAAUAGUCAAAUCAAAAUGAAGGUGCCUAAUCAUCCCUGCUGUUUGUACACUCAUUGGCCGCUUUAUUGGAAACCCCUAGCUUUUACUUCUGGUAACUGGCCACUUUAUUAGAAACACCUACCUUGCUACACGAUUUAUUAACCCCCUCUACCAUAUUCAUCACUGCUCAGUUUCUGAUAUCCAGAUAUUAUUUGGUCCACUGCCCAAAAAUAUCCAGCCAGAGCAGCUCUGUGGUCAGAAACAUAACACAAACUGCGCAUCGACAGAUGAGGAGCAAGGCGGGGUUUCCGAUAAAGUGGCCAUGGAGUGCACAAAUACGCGUUUUCCUCUCUUGGCUUGCAAAAUGUGCCACAACUGGAACAGAGAUUGAAAUAACUAAUUAAUAUUAAUAUACUCAUUAAAGGUCUGUAUGCUUGUAUUUCUUACUGUCAUAACUACAGAACCUACACAUUAGCUUUAUGGUAGAUACUGAAUAAUGUCUAAUAGUUUUUGUAGCAGUUAGGAUGUAUAAGUGACCAAUACGUCUGUAGUUUAAAGGGUUAAUAACUCAUUGCUGUUAUAAUUUUGCUCUUGUUUAAAGUGUCCAUUUCUUUCCUCCUAAACUAAAUGCUGUGUUGUUGUUGUCCAGUAGAGGGCAGUCCAGUCCCUUUUCCUUCGGCUUGUACGUUCCCUGGCCUUAGCGCUGUCUCAGGGCUGUAAUAACCACUGUGUGCGCCCCCUGCUGGUGUAGUUCUCUGUUCUUGCCUAUGCACUCUGUUUACUAAAGCAGCUGAUUGUGUACUAACGCCAGGCAUGUGCUGUGUGUUGUUCUGUGUGGCUCUGAUGAAAAGGAAGAUUUAAGAGUGGAUGAUAAUAAAGAAGCUCACUGAAGAAUAA